UCGAAGACAGACGCACCCGAGGUGAGGCCGCACCGCCGUUUGGAGCAUGAGGGCCAAGUUGGAAAUCCUGGCCAUGGUUUUGGGCUUCUUGGGCCUGUUCGGCGUGGUGGCGGCCACGGCCAUGCCCAUGUGGAGGGUGUCGGCCUUCAUCGGCGCCAACCUGAUCGUGAUGGAGGUGCUGUGGGAGGGCCUGUGGAUGAACUGCUACAACCAGGCCGACAUCAAGAUGCAGUGCAAGGUCUACGACUCGCUGCUCAUUCUGCCGCCCGAGCUGCAGGCCGCCCGUGGCCUCAUGGUGGUCGCCGGCGUGCUGGUGGUCGUGGCCUUGUUCGUGGCCGGCUUCACCAUGAAGAGGACCACGUGCUGCGAGGACCACCCGAGGGCCAAAAACGUCACCCUGGUCUUUGCCGCCAGCUUGUUCCUGCUGGCCUGCCUGCUGGCGCUCAUCCCCGUGUGCUGGGUGGCGCACACCGUCAUCCGGGACUUCUACAACCCCACGGUGGUGGACUCGCGCAAGCGGGAGCUGGGGGCGUCGCUCUUCAUCGGCUGGGCCACCUGCGGCCUCCUGCUGGCCGCCGGCGUGGUCUUGGUCCUCAGCUACCACAAGCGCAGGUCCAAGGAGUACCGGCCCUACGCGGGCACCUACCUGGUGGGCACCAGCAGCGUGCGCAGCGGGAGGGCGCCGUCCAGCUUCCACAAGGUUCAUGAAUACGUUUGACGUCUGCUUCCUGGUUCGUCUUUCUUCAUAUUCUUCUGCUGCGUUCAUCCCUGAAAUCCACCGACAUUGGACUUGGUCUGUGUAAUGAUGAUUGUGUGUAUUUAAGGAUCUCAUUUUAUCAUUCUACACUUUGUUGUGCAGUUUUUGCUGACUCAGGUAACAAACUACUAACAGCCGUGCAGUUCUACAAUAAUAACAACAACAAUAAAUACAUCUGUGCAUUCAUAUUAGAAUGAAGGCAGACUUUUGGAUAUGGAUCAAUACUCAUCUUGUGAGAGGUCAGCAAACUUAAGACUUUAUGUAUAAAAUCAAUCAUUUCGAUAAGGUGUUCUUAACCUUUUUUGACCCAAGGGCCUAACUUUUCCGACUAAAGAAGGGCCCACUACACAAAAACACACACACAUAUAUAUAUAUAUAUAUAUAUAUAUAUAUAU